AUGCGCCAGCUUAGCCAAUCCAGCGGGGACGGUCUGUUAAUAUGUCACUUCCGCAUCUUCGCGGGGCUCUCCCUGUCGUACGGGGCGCGCUUUCGGAACCGUCUCAACUGCGCUCCGAAUUCGGCCUCCUCCUCCGCCGCCGCCGCUGCCAGGGCCCGAGCUCCGCUCCCCCCGGAAGGGAGUUCCACACCAUGCCUUCAUGCACUUGUCCCAGUCACCUGUGAUGUCCCCCAUGCCUGGAACCCACGCCGCAUCUCGGCUUUUCAAGACCUUUUUCUCCUUUCAAGGCCCAGCUCAGCAGCUCUGCCUUCUGACAGCCUGAUCCUUAAUGAAAAGGAAAGCAUGGCCCCUGUACUCCUGACUGCCAGGCCCCCCCAGGAGUCAGUGACAUUCAAGGAUAUUGCUGUGGAAUUCACCCGGACAGAGUGGCGGCACCUAACCUCUUGUCAGAAGGAGCUGUACAGAGAUGUGAUGUUAGAAAACUAUGGAAAUCUGGUCUGCCUGGGACUUGCAGUUUCCAAGCCAGAUGUCAUCUCCCAGUUGGAGCGAAGGGAGGCACCCUGGACACCAGGAGGAAUCCAGAGAAGUAGUUGUCCAGCUUUCCUCAGCAACUUCAGUGCAUUCAGAGGAUUAACAGUAUUGACAGAACCAAGAGAAUGUUGUUCAAAGAAUAGCUGUGCAAGACUAAGUUAUUCUGAGGAUUAUAAAUACUCACACCAGCUACGAAGGACUGAUGAAGGAAAAUGCCGUCCACCUCCAGAGAAAGAACUGAUAAAUAGAAGUGUGCAUAAUUGGGAGGCUACUCCAGAAACCGAGAAGUCACUUCUGAAGCUGGGCAUUUCAGUAAAAGAUUUAUUGCAGGAAAGAGGCACAAAAAAGAAUCACUGUUUUUCUAGAUUAAAAAAAUCCUGGGAUUGUGAUGCCACAUUAGAGAGGCAUCAGAGCAAUGAAGGAAAACUUUCUCAAAAAGAAAAAAUUACCAAAAAGAAACCUACAAAUAAAUCUAGAAGCCACAAAUAUAAUAAAUGUUAUAGAACCUUCACUCGAGGGCACAUUUUUUGGGCACAACAAAUACCUCUAAAAACAAAUCUUUGUAAACAUCAGGCCGAAAAAAAGGGCAUGAAACAAUCUAAAAAAUUAAGAAAAUGUAAGAAAACAUAUUCAGAGAAGGUAUUUUCCAAGUAUAAUGAAUUUGGGAGAUGCUUUAAUUUGUACUUUACUGAAAACCUCAGGCUACAAAAUGGAGAAAAAUGGUAUCAUUGUAAUGAAUGCAAUAAAGCCUUCAGCCAAAGGGUCAGUCUUAUUCAACAUCAUAGAAUACAUACUGGAGAGAAACCUUAUCAAUGUGAUGUAUGUGGGAAGACUUUCCGACAGAGCACUGGACUUACUCAACACCAGACAAUUCAUACAGGAGAGAAAUAUUAUGAAUGUAAUGAGUGUAAAAAAGCCUUUCGCCUGAGAUCACAACUUAUUCAGCAUUAUAGAAUCUAUGAAUGUGAAGAAACCACAAACUUACAUGCAAGAAACAUAAUAUUAGGAUUUUAUUAUAGAAUGG